GCUCUUGCGGCAAACUUCAGUCUGCAAGUCUGAUUUGUUUACAGUGCAGGUGAUUCGCAUUUUCUUACAAAAUCAAGAUGUCCGCAGAUAUACGUGAUAUUAUGGAGCUGGAGCGUCCACCGACGCCGGAGGUGACAAAAGAGGCGCUCCUGAGUUCCAAGAAGAAACACAAUCCCGAAAGGGCGAAGGCUAUGAAGCGCCCCGAAGGGAUGCACAGAGAGGUAUUUGCCUUGCUGUACAAUGACAAUAAGGACGCUCCGCCACUUCUGCCGUCAGACACUGGCGGCAUUGGCACAGGAUACAAGCAAACGAAGGCGCGACUGGGAAUGAAGAAGGUCAGGAAGUGGCACUGGGCGCCGUUCUCAAACCCCGCGCGCACAGACAAUGCCGUCUUCCAUCACUGGAAGCGCAUCUCGGACGAGCCGAAGGUGUAUCCGUUCGCGCAGUUCAACAAGCAGCUCAGCAUUCCCAGUUAUUCGAUCACAGAAUACAACACACACUUGCGGACAAAUCACGCCAAGUGGUCGAAGGCUCAGACGGAUCAUCUGAUGGACUUGGCGAAGAGAUUCGACCUGCGAUUCGUGGUGAUGGCGGAUCGCUGGGACAAAGAGACGCACGGCAUGAAAAGUGUGGAGGACUUGAAGGAGCGCUACUACGAGGUGACAAGCAUUCUCAGUAAAAUCAAGGGCACUUCGGACAAGAAGACGUACGUCUUCGACGCUGAACACGAGCGGAAGCGCAAGGAGCAGCUGAAGAAGCUGUUCGAGCGCACGGCGAAGCAGAUUGAGGAGGAGCAAAUGCUGCUGAACGAGCUGAAGAAGAUUGAGGCGCGGAAGAAGGAGCGCGAGCGUAAAACGCAGGACCUGCAGAAGCUCAUCUCGCAGGCGGAUCAGCAGGGUGAGGCGCAGCAGAACACGUCGUCGAGCAGGAAGCAGGACAAGAAGCUGAACAAGAAGAAGCAGCUGAGUCAGCAGAGGCCGUCGAAGGUGGAUUCGGUGGUGAGCGCCGUGGAGUCGGCGGGCAUCAAGUUCACGGAUCUCAGAGGCACGGGCGUGUCUCUGCGGUCGCAGAAGAUGAAGCUGCCGGCGAAUGUGGGCCAGAAGAAGGCCAAAGCGCUCGAGCAGGCGAUUCAGGAGUUCAAAGUCGAUCCGACUCCGCCGCCGACUGAGGAGAUUUGCCUGGCGUUCAACGAACUGCGCUCAGACAUGGUGCUGCUGUGCGAGCUGCGCACCGCUCUGGCCACGUGCAACUUCGAGCUGGAGAGCCUCAAGCAUCAGUACGAGGCGGUUUGUCCUGGGAAGACUCUCAACAUUCCGGCAUCGCUGGUGACACCGCCCGAAGACGUGAAACCGGCGGAAGGGGCCAUCGACGUCGUGGGUUCGCCGCAUCCGUGAAGUGCGCGCGCUCGCGUGAGUGUGAGUGUGAUGCAUCAUAAUACAAUGACUUUAUUCAGGUAACUUUUUUUUGUCGCUCGCCUCGGCGGAAAGAGAGUGAUGAAAGGAGAGGGAGAAAA